AUGCGCAAGCGCAAGGUCGGCGCGGAAGGCCGCGGCCGACGGCAACAGCCAGGGGCGAAAUGGAGGCGUCGGCGCUCGUCGUCGGCACUCCAGCUACUGGCGUCGCCGUUAGUGUCGCGGUCCCCGUCGCCGUUAGUGUCGCGGUCCCCGUCGCCGGCCUGGCGCGAGGUGUCGGAGAGGGAGAUGUCCUUCGACGAGGAGGUCGACGGCGGCCCCACCGGCGAGAUGGAGACGGUGGAGUUGUCGUCGACGGAAGACGAAAGCGACGGAGGUGAGACGGUGACCCCCGUGGUCUCCUCUGAUGAGGAGGGCACCCGGUGGGCCAACCAGGCCCGGAGGGGUUACCGUCAGGUAAGGCGGGUCGUGGAUGACGAAGGGUAUAUCCCGUUCGGGUCGGCGGCCUCGACGGAGAGGCCGGAGAAUGAGGAGGUCAUCGAGGCCCGCCGACGAGCGACGAUCGACAGGUUGGUGGAGCGGCAGGUGGAGUGGAUGGCUGCCGUGAGGGAAUGGAGGAGAAGACUGCAGCAAGCGGAGGACGAGGAGGCCGCGUUGUGGACACCGGCAGCGCCCUCGCAGCCGCCGUUGCCACCCACAUCGCCACCGAGGACGCCGCCACCACCACCGCCGCCACCAAGGACACCAACACCACCACCUCCGCCGCCACCAAGGACACCACCGCCGCCGUCGAUGAAAGGGACACGGCCGAGGACGCCAACACCACCGCCGCCGAGGAGGCAGACACCGCCACCAGCACCACCGCCGAGGAAGAGGACGCCGCCAAGGACGCCCACGCCGCCGAGGAGGCCGACGCCACCGUCGCAGCCACCGCUGCCGCUCGAGUCGCCGCCGAGGACGCUGCCGCUCGAGUCGCCGCCGCCACCACCGCCGCCACGUCCACGGCUGCAGAGGCAGUCAUCGUGCCCGGUGGCAGCACCGCCAAGACGACCGAUCCUGAUGCGGGGAUUCUCCCAGGAGGCAACCUGGGCAGAGGUCCCCGAAGACACGUGGCCGGACACGGUGCGCGCGGAGGCGGAGCGGCAGCGCCGUCGAGGGAGGACCCAGCGGUGGGCGAGAUUGAUGGGUGUGGAGGGGGUCCGCUACCGGGUAAAGGUAGCGGGCGGGGCUGUGCGGGUGUACAAGGCCUUUAAAUAA